AUGUGGGAUGUUGGGGGCCAGAAGAGUCUGAGAUCGUAUUGGCGAAAUUAUUUCGAGCAAACCGAUGGCGUGAUCUGGGUGAUUGAUUCGGUGGACAUUGAUCGAAUGGACGAUUGCAAACGAGAGCUGGAAAAACUUUUGGUUGAAGAACGUCUUAUUGGUGCCUCGUUAUUGAUUUUGGCGAACAAACAAGAUCUGCCUUCAAGUGCCAGCAAGCAACAAAUCGAAGAGUUAUUAGAAUUAUCAAAACUAGAAACACAUCAUUGGCGAGUGUUCGCAUGCAGUUCAGUGACGGGCGAAAAUCUUUUGGAGGCAUUGGAUUGGCUUUGUACGGACAUUUCUGGUCGAUUGUUCAUAACGGAUUGA